AUGAGCAUUGAAGCUGCUCCACAAGUUACAGAAACCACAAGUCCAACAAUCACGUCGCUUGACGAUUCACAGUCUGGCUCCACCCUAGAAAACGAUGCUUCUGUCGAAAAGUCCCUACAAAAGGAAGGCAUGACAAUGGAAGACGAAGAGCGAGCGUUCCUGAAAGACUUUAAGAUACCAGAGUGGCUUCAAAAUGUUAAGAUGCCAGAUUGGGCAAAAGGCUUCAAGAUGUCGGAGAAGAUGAAGGACCCCAAUACACCAAAGUUUAUGAAGAAGAUCUACACGUGGUUCAAAGUAAACUAUUGGAUUAUGGUAAAUAGAAGAUCCAAAUUACGUUAA